AUGGCUCCCAAACUCUUUGCAACAGGCACAACCGGGUACGUCGGCGGUGAUUUCCUCGCCCUUCUCCUUGAAACCCAUCCGGAAUGGGCGAUUCACAUAACAUGUCUCGUUCGUGACCAAGCGCGAGGCGAGAGCCUAAAGGCCACAUACCCCGGCCUGCGACUCGUCUACGGUACGCUCGACGAUGGGGAAAUCCUCGAGGACGAAGCGGCCAAGGCCGAGAUCGUGCUUCACUUCGCAAGCUCUGAUCACGUUGGAGCCGCUGAGGCUAUAUCGAGAGGUUUGAGGAAGAGCGGAGGGUAUUGGAUACAUACCAGUGGGACGGAUGUCCUGUUGUUGCAGCCGUCAGAAGGUCAUAAGGAUGUCAAGACUUUCGACGACUGGGAUGGGAUUAAGCAAUGCACUGGUCGUCCCGACUCGGCUCCCCACCGUCCAGUCGACAAAGUAGUUCUUGCAGCCGCCGCCUCGUCUUCAAUCAAAACAGCCAUCGUUUGCCCCUCUUUGAUUUACGGAGAAGGCCGCGGCCCAGGCAAUCGACGCUCAAUGCAAGCUUACGAGCUCAGUAGACUGAUUCUCGAACGCGGCGCAGGAUUCGUUAUUGGCAAGGAAGAUUACAUGUGGUUCAAUGUACACAUCUACGACCUCUCGCGUCUAUAUCUGUCGCUCCUUGAAGCAGCUGUUGCGGGUGGUGGCAAAGCGAGCUGGAAUGACGAGGGCUACUAUCUUGUUGAGAACGGCGAGCAUAGAUGGAAUGAACUUGCACAGGAGGUUACGAACGAGGCGCACAAGCAAGGCUUGAUCAAGUCUGCCGAGGCCAAGAUUCUUGAAAUUGAGGAGAAAGAUAAGCUCAAGGCAAUUGGCGUGGCGCUUUGGAAUGUAAAGUCCAGAGCAAAGGCUAUUCGGGCUUCAAGAUUGCUGGGUUGGAAACCCAACGAAAGAUCCUUGAUGGCCGAGGUCCCAGAUAUUGUGGGCAGCGAGGCCAAGCGGAUUGGAAUUGCCUCAACAUAA